GCGCUUCCUCUUCCCGUGCUGGUGCCCGCCAGACAAGAACGAUAGAAAAUGGCGAGUCAGUGCAAAAGGCAGCAAUGCACAAUCGACAGGCGCGGCUUUCGGCAGGAACUUGACUCGUGGCGACACAAACUCAUUCACUGUGUAGGGUUCGAGAGCAUUCUUGAUGGUCUGUCUGGUCCAGAGCUGGUAGAAGACCUAAAAUUAUUUAAGGACUUAGAGCCAGUAGCAGUGUCUGACUGGUCGUUUGAUGAAAAUUGUUUGUUCUGCUGUUUGAGACGAGACAAAGUAAAGGAGCACUUAAUUGGCUUAAGCAAGGAGGAGCUUGAAGAUACACCCAAACCUCUCCUGGUGAAAGAUCAGCGCUCAAUCAGCAGACUAGAGAAACAAGCAGAGGAAUUUCUCAAUGCAGUCCUCUACAGAAAAGAUGUGCCAAAUUUCUCGGACCCACACAUUCCAGUAGUUGCUCGAGAGAUCCUUCAGAGAAUGAUCCGACAGUUUGCUGCCGAAUAUACCUCAAAAACCAGCCCCCCUCAGGACAGUUGCUCAGACUCUCAGCCUUGCUCUGACCAAAGCCUGCCGACCACUCCCUCGCUUACAGGGGCUCCUCCAUCUGCCAGCCCUGCUCCCAGCGGGGCUGGGCCUGCGCACAACCAGAACCCCGUCCUUAGUAAGCUCCUCAUGGCUGACCAGGAUGCUCCUCUUGACCUCACCAUCAAGAAGACCCCUGCUGAGCCUAGUGAACAAGACGGAGUCCUUGACUUAUCCAUCAAAAAGAAUCGCAAGAGCAGCAACCUGCCUGGCCGUAGUCCAUGCCUUUCUCCAGCCCCACCCACGCUCAAGGGUGAAUCUCCUGACUUGCGUGUUGCUAAGGCGAAGGACCUGCAGUCCACCGCCACGCUGGAACAGUUUAUGGCCAAGCUCUGCCCACACCAUCAGAGGCGGAUGGUUGAUGCCAUAGGUUUUCUACAGACCGAGGUCAAAGCACUUGCAUCCUCCAAUACUCAGCAAGCUUAUAACUCUACCUCUGGGAAACAGGGAAAUGCUUGUUCUGAUGCAAAAUUGACCCCUGAGAAGUCGAGCCCUGAGCUAAAAUACUCCUGUGAUUCUACUCCCAAGUCAGAAGUCCAGAAUAUGUCCCACUCCAUCGCAAGCAGUUGUGCAAUGAAGAAAGUUCCGCAGAAUGCAGUGUCACUAAAAACAUCAAGCCCUGCUUUGGAUCUUUGCACCCCUGGGGCAGGGAGUAACCAUGCUUUGGUCAGUCCCGCCACUAAUCCAGUAGACACAGACCGGCACGGUGAUCAUGCACCUCUUAAGAUGAAAAUCAUGGCCAGCAAUGUUGCUGAUGGCAAGAAGUUGUCAUGCGUGCUCAAUACCUCUCUUUCAUCUCACUCUGACACAUCAGAGGAUAGACAGGGAAACUCAAAUUCAUCCGGCAGAACAGAGAGUCACAGUGCCAGGCUCAGCUCCUCUGUGAAAAGACACAGUCAGACUAGUCACACACAUCACGCUAGGCAAAGAGAGACUCUUGGGAGUGGUAAAGAAACACCAACCAAACUGUUUUCAGUCCACAUGACCAUUCCUUCAGACUCUCCACGGACUGCCAGGAAGACCAUCAGGGCAUCCCCUGAUUACCGAACAAGAGACUCUGCAUGUAGAGGAAUGGCUGACCCCGAUCUUGGCAACUGUGACAUCGUUUUUAUUGACAAACCAAUUACAGAGUGUUUUAAGGAACGGCAGCGAAGAAUACUUCCACGCCGCAAUGCCAGAAAAAGCACCAGAGGACAUUUGUACUCAGACGAAAUCUGGGAGUUAAAAACUGUCCGUACAUUGGCUGGAAGGGGCAACUGUCCUAAUCCAAUGUCUGAUCUGAUCACAUUGGUGACCCCAAAACAAAUCCUUUCAAAGCCUGAAGGUGUACCCCCAGUGGAUAUAACCUUUGUUGGAGCAUGCAGGGAGACAAUAAAUCAGCAGAUGUCCACAGAGGAGUCAGAUGAGGGUGUGAUACCAGGAACAGGAGACGUGGUGGAGGUAGCAGACAGUGAAGUAGACGUUAUAGUUGAAACUAGUCAAACAGAGUGUCAGAGCAAGGGGCAGUCUACUCCUCCAUCUCCAAUACGGCCCCCAACAGAGAACAAAGAAACAGAUAUGGACACAGAUGUAGAACAGAAUACAACUGGAGAUUCAGGAACAGUAACAGCAAGUGAAGAGAGUGUUGCUCAGGCUCCAUCUGAACCAGAAAAAGAUACUGAGCCUGAACCUCAAGAGGACAUACCAGAAAGUACUGAGCAGAUAGAGGAAAACACAUCAGAAGAACCAUUAGAAAAUACCAAUAUAGAGGAAGUUGGGACUGAGGUUUCAGCCGAUAAACUGUCAGAUGGUGAACCUGUUCUACAGCAGGAUAGAGCCCCAUCACCCACAAAUCAAGUUGAGGCAGAGAUGGAGGAUAAUGAAAGGGAGGAGAUACAAGAUGAGCAACUUCAGGAACUUCAGCCAGAGGCACAGGAACUCAAUGACAACUCUGAAGUAACAGAAGAGUCCAGCUGCAUAAUUUCAACCGAGGAGCCAAUUGUGAAAGAGCUAGAAAUGGAAACAUCUGGAACAGUUGACAGUGUUUUGCCUUUAGAGACUAAGGAUGAUAACGACUGUGACGUGUCCUCAAAGUCACUUGAUUCGCUCUUGAAGGAAUUACCCCCUUGGCGUAGAAAAAAAGGAUCAGUACUCUCUGUGCCAAAGCAGUUAAAACAAACCCAAACGGUGAUAGUUGGGUAUGUUAAUGGUAGACCCAUAUCGGCCUCUGACAGAAGUCUGAGACGUAGAUCAAGUAACAGCACCUCACCUAACAAAACCCCAGUGAAAUCUAGUCAAAAUGUAGCCGAUAAAACCUCUGCUGAUUCAACUAUUGAUUCAUCUGUUGAAAGCGAAGAUUUCGAAAAACAUCUACCGGAAACGCACAUUCCUGUAAAUCCCAGUGAAACUGCUCCUGCAAUCGAGCAGGUGACAGAACCGCUUUCCAACACAGCAACAAGCCCAAAAUCGAAAGUUCCCACAAAGACCAAACACGUCCGGAAACAAAAGAGAGUUCAACAAGACCACGAUAAUUUGCCCGUCAUCGCUGAUCAGCCUGAUGAUAGUCCUCAGAGCACUGAGUCCAAACGGCAACUUAGAUCAACCAGCCAGAAGCCGGCUGAAACCCCCGAUGUCACUUCCACCUCAUCUCAAGAACCAAUUGUUACCAAUAUUCCUCAAUCUCCAGAAGAGCUCCCAGCUCUUCCCCCUUUUACUCCACUUCCUGCUACUUCCUCUCUUCUAACUGGGCCAUUUCCCCCUGCAGCCUCUGAACAGUCCCAACAGAACACUGCCCCAAAGACAACUUUGGAACUAAACACAGAAAAAUCUCAGCCAGUAGAGAACACCUCUGAAGAAACCCCCAAAAAAGAAGUAGAAAGUGGAUUGCUUUCCAAACAGACACUAAGGUCCUCAAAAGUUGUAGAAGAAGAGAAUACGAAUGAGAAACAGCAACUGACAAGUAAACGGGUUCUCCGAAAGGAUGCAGGAGCGAGUGAGAUCGGCCCGUCUCAGAAGCCAAAUGAAGCAUCUUUAGAAGACACGUCAACAAGUGAAGACGGUUGCAAUUCUUCUGAAAUAGAAAAACCCACAAGAAUGCCGUUAAGGAGUGAAAGCAUUAAGGCUGAAAUGUCCCACCAGCCUGUUGCUCAGCCGCCACCAGUGGAAAACAAGAAACUGGCUUUGAGAUCACAAGCAUCGGCUGGACCUUCUACCAGUGCUCUCCCUGCAGCUGGAAGGCAGAAUGAUGCAGCUUCCCCUGUCAGAACAAUGCCAGAAAGAAUAUUUAAAACUCCAGUGAAGCCCACUGCAGUGACAGGUGCCUCUGUAUUGCCGCACAGUUCAGGAGUCCCACUCAUUGCAAGGCCUGAGCCCCCAAAACACACAACUAACAAAUUCUUUGAGGCUCUGACAGGAGAAGAUAACCAACAGUUAAUUUCAAACUUAAACGUUAGGUAUGAUAAGAUGCAAAAGGGUUGGGUACAAAUGGACAAAGAGAGUCCGCCAACAGCAAAAUACAAAAACAAAGCAGACAGACAGGCAGCUAUAUGGAAAAGUAAACGCAGGGCCCGAAAACAAAAGUCUUCAGAGCACCAGAAAUACUCUCCGGUCCAAAUGCUUUUCAUGAAAGGUUUUAAUCUUACCAAUAUUUGUUGCUGGUUCCUUGAAUCUACAGAGACAAAGUCCCUUGUCAUUGUCAAGAAGGUGAAUACACGACUUCCAUCAGAAACUCAGCUGUGUUUUCACAGCUCGAGUUCUUCAGGAACUUCUCAGGGGGUAUUUCCAAGCCAACAGGCAGAGCGCUUAAAGAAACAUUUGAAAAAGUUUGCCAUUGCUUCUCCCGUAAAGAACAACCCCAAAAGUAUGAAAUUGAUUGCUAAAGCAUUGGAACAAGAGGCAAAUGCAGUCAGAGGGAGAGAGAAGAGAGAACCUCCCAGUAUUACUCAGACUUCGACAAAGGCACACUCCUCUGCUGAAGCCUGUGUACAGAUCGGUGAAUCCCAGAAAUCCUCUGGUAAAUCAAAGAACCCAGCUAGUGCAAGGAUCUUGAGGAAAUACUCUAAUAUCCGAGGGAAGAUGCAGGUUCAACAAACCAAUGUUGGACUGAAAAAGGCUGCAAAGACCCUUAAAACCAACAAUAUGAAAAAACUAGCCAGGUCAAAUUCGGCCGCAAAGUCCAACCUGAAACCGUCUCUGAAGGCCCAGAAGUCCCGCCUGCCUGUCAGUAAACGAAUGAAAGAAUCUGCAACAAAAAUGGAAAGGAGGAAAAAAUUGGCGAGCAAAAGAGCUGUAAAGCCUCCCAUUCGAGAGAGGGCAGCCAAGGCUCGCGGCAUUAAAGGCCGAGCUUCAAGAGGCAGAACUACAAAAGAAUUGCCAAAGAGAUGUUCUCAACGGAUAGGGUCUCCAAAAACAUCUGAGCAGAAACUUUCGGACACACCUAAAAGCAAGAUUGACAACAAAAAGCCAAGUGAAGCAGAGAAAGCAGAGGUGGAAAAACCUGCAGUUACUAAAGCACAUCCUGUCAAAAUCCAAGCAAAGGAAUCAUUACAUAGUACAACCACUGAAAUCAAAGUUUCAGAGAAUGCUAUUGAAACCCCUCAAAAGAGCACUGAUGUCAAGGGUCCCAGUUCACCUGACCAGGUACUAACAAGAUCCCAGAGAAAGAUCGAGGUGUCUGUGAGUGGGAGCCCCAGCCAUGCUUCAAAGAGGGCCACAAAGUCAAUGACAGCGCAAAAUGCUUCUCCAAAACCAGCCAGGAAAGCAGAGGUACCUGCGCUGACGAGAAGGAGCGCUUUAAAAUCUCCUGCGAAGAGAGGUCGGGCUGCCUUGCUGCCACGUAGUCCAACCAAAUCGGCAAAGAAGAGGGCUCGCGAGCUUUUAGAGACCCCAGCUAAGCGCACCAGGACGUCGCUCUCAAAAUAGAAUCUUUGUAUAGAGGAUUUUUUCUUUUACCUAGAAUAUAUUCAGAAGGAACAGAAGCAUCUAUUAAGUAUCCUCGGCAGACUCGUCAGAGGAUACCUUCUCAGUAGGCAAAUAUGUGAAGAAGGAACAGAUUUUGAAACUCAUUUAUGCUUUUGUAAAGCUUCAGUGUGAAAUUGUGGAUGUGACGGAUUAUUUUCUGAGCAUUCGCUCUGUGUUCAGGGACGACACACAAGUCCUACAUGAUGUCUAGCUGAUGUAGUUGCUGUUUGGCUUUAUGUUCCAGCAUUCGACGCAGCUGGAGAUAACAAUAGGAUAACAAAACUCAAGCUAUGAUGCAGUUUCCUAGGUGACAUCAAAGUCAUUUACCAUUCUCUUUUGUUUCUUUUUACCAUUUUGUAUAUAGUUCUUGUUUUAGAUUAUAGCAUGCACUGUAUUUACUGUUCAGAGAGCUUGUUGUGAGAAGGGAGGACGGCUCCAGGCAGUAGGUAGUUUGUAUCUCCAGCCUCUCUUCCAAUCGCAACAUUGUGAAUAUGUGACUGCUGUGACCAGGUGCCUUAUUUAUGAAGUGUAAAAAUAAUACAAUGUUUUGCUAAAUGUGAAAAUCCCUGUCAUCUGGUUGUAAAAGGUUUCAGUCCGUUGCGAGGCAGUUGACGUUCAACAGUUUCUGUUCCUCGUGCUUCAUCUGUAAAUUCAUAUGUUGACUGACAGAUUUAUUUUAUAUACCCACUCUCCCAGAGCAUUAACAUAAACUGGUUCUUAAUGUAGUUGUAUUUGGUGUUAAAACAAAAUUGAGGCUGAAUUGUUAAAUCAGACAGGCAUGUUCUAUAUGUGUCAUGACAGAGGUUUGUGUUUUUUAUGUUGUUUCGGGUCAUUCUUCAUCUCCUCCCACUGUUAGUGUGUGUUUAACCUCAUUCUGCAUGUGUGAAGUCUUUAUAACGAGACCGUUCCAGGACAAAACUAUUUUCAUGCCCCUCAUCUUUGAGAAUACUAAUUCCCUACAAGACUAUGCAUGCACAAUUUGUGCGCAUUAAAAAGAUUGUACUGAAAAAAGUUGACUAAAAAAGAUGACUUUGGGAAACUGGCGUUUGUGCCACUGUGGCAACAAUAUUUCCAAGCAUUAAAGCCCUGAAAAGUAUGUAAAUUUGGUUGGCUAAUCCAAAUGAAGUAUAUGCCCUCUUUAGCAUUAAUGACAUAUUACAGGGUGAUAAAUUCUUUCUCUUGAUUAUUUACAAGUUGGAUAUGAACAUUUUUGAGGUAGUCUAAUCACACUUCUGAGUUGUGUAUCCACGUAUGUUGCAGUUUUAUUGUGAUGUGUUUUUUUUUUUAUUGUCAUUGACUGUCAGGAGGAUGUUCUCAUAAUGUGAAAUUUUGUUUUACUUCCACAGUAGUACCUUGCAUUAGUGUAUUGUCAAUGGAAAAGUCCCAGUUUUGGCACAGUGUUAUUUUUCUUAUUUUGGUCAAUUCUCUUUAGGGUGAAUCAUCUGUAAAUGCAAAACAUGUCAGUCAUGUUUUUAUUGUUAUUUAAGAACUCCAUGCAGGCUAAUAUAUUUUAGCACAUCUUCAGACAGCCCACCAAAUAUCAGACAUGAUCAUUUUUAUUCUUUACAGUUGCUAUUUAAAAGAUUUUGAUUUUGUAUAUUAGAAAGAAAUAACUGCUUUAUUUGUGGUAAUCCCAAGAAUGAUGCAUCGUUAUGUUAAGAACUUUGUAUUUUUGCUGGAGUUGAUAUAAAGCUGUUUGAAUUUUA